GAGUUGGGCUCCUCAGAGGCUGGAUCCACCCAGCCCAUCACAGAGAUGUGUUUGGGCGUGUGUUGUCUUUGAAUGAAACUUCAGUGAGUGGCGUGAGUUUGGGGUCUCACCGUGGGUUAGGUCUCCACAGGCAUUGGACAUGCACUCAACGCUUUUGAACUGAAACCCCGGACGGAAGAAAUGAAAAGACAUGUCAGCCGUAUUUAGCACCAACUGGUGUGAUUCCAGGUGAUAAUUAUCACUCUUCUUUAUACUUUCCUGACUUUCUACAAUACUCAUGCUUAUUUUUUCAAAAAAAGAAAAAGAGAAGAACAGAAAAGAUAUAAAGAAGAGACAGGAUGAAAAGGAGAUGGAAUUGGGGUGUUGGGGGUGAGUAGUUAGAAGGGGCCUCUCGAGGAGGGCCCCACACGCCUCCCUUCCUGGGAGAGCCCUGACAUCACGGAUGUUUCCAGCGUUCCCACACUCUCCCACCACCCUCUCAGGACAGCUGAGGAUUUCAAACAGGAAGCGGUUUGCAGAUAACACAGCAGCCUCCCGGCCUGAUUUGCUGGGCCGUCUGAUGGCCCAGGCCCAUGCCUGCUCGUGUGUGCGCUGCGUCCGUCUCUGUAAAUAGCAGCCAUGAGGCUCCCGGGUGCAGUGUCCCCACGGGCUCCCGACGGUCAGGACGCCCCCCGUGCCUAGUGUGCCCGUUGGCUGCAGCCCUGGAGAGCAGGACGGCGGUUCCCCAGCGGGAAGACGCUGAGACAGGAAGGCGAGAUUCCAGACAGAGCCAGAGGAGUCAGUGUCCUGCGAGUGCUCAUUAUGAAGAGAGGUCUGGCUCUCAUUAGCCUGGCCUUCCUGUCUCUGCUCCCAGCUGGAUGUCCUCAGCAGCCGGCGGACGACGCCUGCUCCGUGCAGAUCCUUGUUCCAGGCCUCAAAGGGGAUGCUGGAGAGAAGGGAGACAAAGGCGCACCAGGACGGCCUGGAAGAGUGGGCCCCACGGGAGAAAAAGGAGAUGUCGGUGACAAAGGACAGAAAGGCAGUGUGGGUCGCCAUGGAAAAAUUGGUCCCAUUGGUUCGAAAGGUGAAAAAGGAGAUUCUGGUGACAUUGGACCCCCGGGCCCUAAUGGAGAACCAGGCAUCCCGUGUGAGUGCAGCCAGCUCCGGAAGGCCAUUGGGGAGAUGGAUAACCAGGUCACCCAACUGACAACUGAGUUAAAAUUCAUAAAAAAUGCACUGCCCUCCCCCGCAGCUGUUGCCGGCGUGCGAGAGACAGAGAAUAAGAUCUACCUGCUGGUGAAGGAGGAGAAGAGGUACGUGGAUGCCCAGCUGUCCUGCCAAGGGCGAGGAGGCACGCUGAGCAUGCCCAAGGACGAGACCGCCAACGGCCUGAUGGCCGCCUACAUCGCGCAGGCCGGCCUCGCCCGCGUCUUCAUCGGGAUCAACGACCUGGAGAGGGAGGGCACCUUCGUUUACUCCGACCGCUCCCCGAUGCAGACCUUUAACAAGUGGCGCAGUGGCGAGCCCAACAACGCCUACGACGAGGAGGACUGCGUGGAGAUGGUGGCCUCGGGGGGCUGGAACGACGUGGCCUGCCACAUCACCAUGCACUUCAUGUGCGAGUUCGACAAGGAGCACGUGUGAGCGGGCAGCCGGCCUCCUGAACCUUCGCUUUUUGCAGCGUUGUUAGCAGGGCCGCUCCACGCCGGCGGCGGCUGGCGAGCUGUAGUCAGGAGAGCUCUUCCCGACAGCAUCAUCCCCUCGAGAAGCCCAGAGCCUCCUUAAGUAAAAGGCUGUUUUUUUCUGAACCUUAGAGAGUGGUGUAUGCUAAGGAGAAAAAAAGCGUUUCUUGGGUGUUAUUUCUGAGGAAGCAAAGUUUAUUACUUGUAUUUUAGCCAAAAUUACAUAAAUUUUCAUUCUUUAAUUAUUACUCAGAAUUGCUCUUGCCUUUGUCCAAACUAUUAAAUAAAAUCUUUGAACAUUACGAUAGUUAAGUACAAACAAUGGUAGCGGGAUCUUAAAUUACUGUCUUCCUUUUAAUUUCUAUAUGGAAUAGAACCCACGUAACUUUGACCAAUGUUUCUGUAAAUUGUGUUAAAAUAUACAUUCCUUUUCACUAUUGUCCCAGUAGAAAUAAUUUUGCUUUGCUGCAAACCCAGAUUUCAGGAAAAAGAAAAAUAAAUUCUCCAAACUUGA